AAAACAUUUGUUUUCUGGUCAACAUCUGUAAAUGCAAUUUCUUUGCAUAGCCGGUCUGUAGCAAACAUUUUUUACUUUCUCAAAUAAAACAAAGUUUUUUUUAAUAAAAAGUUGUAAAAAAUACUUAAAACAUAAACAAUGGACACAGAAAUAUUGGAAGCAGUCAACAGUUUUCUGAAGGUGGAACCAAUCGAGGAAGCCUUCCUCAGUGUUAUUGUUUAUAAAUCGAAUGGCGAAGAGGAUAAAUCCGCCUCUUUUACGGACAGCAUAUUGAACAAAUUUAAAGAUGUACCACAGGAUAACAAAGAGGGCCUGGUGCGGCAGUAUUUGCAACGCGCUGCGAAUGCCAUAAAUAUAUCACACCUGCGUGUGCUUAUGAACACAUUAGGAAAACUGGCGGAAAAUAAUGUGAUAACUGCAAGAAUGCUGUGUGAUAAGAUAUUCCUCUGCGAUAGAUUGGUUUACGAGAAUGCAAGUUUUUGGAUCGAAAGCUUCAAAAUAAUUAAACGUGUGUUACCGCUUGUGGACUACAAAGGCGUGCGUGAAAUCAUGAAGAUGUGCCGUGACAAAGCGCAAACAUUUCCUGUGAACAUAAACGUUAGCUUCUUGCCACAGCUACAAGCAUUGAAGGAUACGCUAAAUUACAUAUUUGAUCGUAAUAAUUGCUUGCUACCGGGUUACUUUAUCGCCAAUGAAAUUAUGAAGCCACCGCCAUAUCAUUGGACAAUUAAUAAAAUGAUGACCGAUUUCAUGGAGGAAUUCCGUAGAACCGCGCAAAUGGUUUCUAUAAUUGGUCACUCACAUAUGUUGCCCAUUGUGGAGAGUUUUGGUUAUGCAGAUCAUAUGAUGAAUUCAUGGAAAUUAGAUCCGAAUACUUUGCGUUUUGUUUUCAAGGGCAGUCUACCUUAUGACGCCGAUUUGCUCGAAGAACAAACGAAACUUUUACGUUAUGUGCUAGAUCAACCAUAUUCCAAGGAGAUGGUUUCGGUGAUGAUGAGCUUGCAGAAACAACAAAAACAACGCUGCUAUAAGCUAGAAGACCAAUUGGUUAAUUUAAUUAUAUCAGCAAUGGAAAUGACUGAAAACAAUGAUUCUAUGAUGGGUAGCAGUUUUAGUGUCUAUGAAGAGCAGAAUUCCAUGAAUGAGUGGGUUUGGUUGCACCUAUCAUCGCAACUCAUCUAUUUUGUGCUCUUUCAGUUUGUGAGCUUUGCUCAUAUCGUGUCGGCUUUGUAUGAGAAGCUAUCCAAAAAAGAACUGCGUAAGGGACGCGAUCAACUGAUGUGGAUCCUAUUGCAAUUUAUAUCUGGUAGCAUACAAAAAAAUCCGAUUGCCAAUUUUCUGCCAACCUUCAAAUUGUUCGACUUGCUCUAUCCUGAGCAAGAGCCCUUAAAGUUACCAGACUGCACUAAAUCUUCAUUGUUGCGACAGAUGGCACCCAUAUGCAUUUGGAUACACCUGAUGAAGAAAGCCAGAUUGGAGAAUAUGAGUAUUAAUAGACCUUUGCCGAUUGCGCUGAAAAAUCAUCACGAUUUCUUACAGCAUCUAGUUAUGCCCAACACACUGAUGUCCAUGAGUUUGGGCAAUGAUUUUCGUAUCAUUUUGAUAUGUAAUGCAUAUUCUACAAAUCAAGAAUAUUUCUCACGUCCCAUGAAUAUACUAACCGAGACGUUGAAUGGCAAUGCAAAAACUGCUGCUGGUGGUCAGGUGCCACCGGCGCCCUUCUCUAUGGUUGUUCUGGAUAGUUUAACGGUGCACAGCAAGAUGUCGCUUAUACAUAGCUUUUUCACACAAAUGAUCAAACAAGCACAAGCCAAGAGCUCCAUACCAACACCGGCUUUGGUUGAAACAUAUGCACGUCUUUUGGUUUAUACUGAAAUCGAAUCGUUGGGUAUCAAAGGUUUCUUGCAACAAUUACUGCCCGCUGUCUUCAAGCACCAGGCCUGGGGUAUACUGCACACGCUGCUGGAAAUGUUUCUCUAUCGCCUACAUCACAUACCGACGCAAUAUCGCCUGCAAUUGCUCUCUCACUGCACCGUUGUUUCGCCGCAAACCAAUAAAAUGCAAUUGAAUUUGUGCUUUGAAUCCACCGCUUUACGCCUAAUCACCGGUUUGGGCUCGGUUGAGAUGCAGCCACAGAUGUCGCGUUACUUCAGCGAGAAACCGCCUGGUUCUGUUGCCUCCAGCGAAAGUGAGGAGCUGAAUCGUGUGCUCAUACUAACGCUGGCACGUUCAAUGCACAUGACUGGACUGGGCGAUGAAUUGCAACCCUGGUGCAAGGAGCUGCUCAACGUUAUCAUGCAGAAUACACCACACUCUUGGGCCUCGCACUCGUUAGCCUGUUUUCCACCUGCUUUGAAUGAGUUCUUCGUGCAAAAUAAUCAUCCGCUGGAGAAUAAACAGUUGCUGAAGAAAUCAGUUGAGGAGGAGUAUCGCAAUUGGACUUCCAUGUCGAACGAUAAUGAUAUUAUGAAUCAUUUUAUACGCCCGAGCACGAAUCCACUAUUCCUAUGUCUGCUAUUCAAAAUGAUUUGGGAAACAGAGAACGUCAGUCCGGUGGCAUACAAAAUAUUGGAAGGCAUUAGCGCACGCGCAUUAUCAGCACACUUACGCAAGCUAUGCGAUUACCUAGUCGGUGAGGUAGCCAAUAGCAAUGGCAAAGAUUUCAUACACAAAUGUGUCGACACCAUAAACAAUAUGAUUUGGAAGUAUAAUAUUGUGACCAUUGAUCGUGUGGUGCUCUGUUUGGCUUUGCGCACACAAGAGGGCAAUGAGGCGCAAGUUUGUUUCCUUAUAAUACAAUUGUUGUUGUUGAAGACAUCAGAGUUGCGCAAUCGCAUACAGGAGUUUUGCAAGGAGAAUCAUCCUGAUCAUUGGAAGCAGAAUAAUUGGCACGAGAAGCACUUGCAAUUCCAUCAAAAAUAUCCCGAAAAAUUUGCACCCGACGAAUCAGCCUCACAUCCACCGCUGCCGGUUUACUUCUCGAAUGUUUGUUUGAGAUUUUUGCCAGUUUUAGAUAUAGUGGUGCAUCGUUUCAUAGAAUUACCUAUACAGCAUGUGCAUCAAAUAUGUGAGGUUAUAUUAGAUCACUUGAGUAUUCUCUACAAAUUUCACGAUCGCCCCAUUACUUAUUUGUAUAACACCUUACAUUUCUACGAAAGGAUUUUGCGUGAGCGUCCAUCACUCAAAAAGAAAUUGGUCAGCGCUAUUACAGGCGCCUUUUGCGAUAUACGUCCACCGAAUUGGUGCGUGAGUGAGCCCUACAAAAUGUUUUUACAAAACCAGGAAUUGCUUUGGAAUCCCGAACUCAAUUAUUACAUCAAUCUAGUGCGUCGCUUAUCGGAUACUAUAACGGGCAAAAAUGUCUUCUUCAACACCGACUGGCGUUUCAAUGAAUUCCCCAAUGCACCAGCGCAUGCGCUGUACGUCACGUGUGUGGAGUUACUCAGCUUGCCGAUUGCGCCGUCGAUUGUCGCCAACAAUGUGGUGGAUGUCAUCGUGAAGGGCUACUCAUUGAUACCACAAAAGGAGAUACACAAUUACAUAAAUGCUGUCGGCAGUAUAUUGGCCGCGCUGCCCGAGACACAUUGGUCCGUUAUCUACGAUCGCUUGCAGGAUGCGCUCAACUCGCCAAAAAUGAUCAAAUGGAAUUAUCGCUUCUCUGCAUUCGAGUUGUUCAAUUUUAAGACUGUCUGUGAAUCGAUGAUCGAAAAGAGCUAUGUGCUGAUAUUAGCUGUGGCGCAUGCCACCUUCCAUCAUAUGGGCGGCUUUAAGUUGGCCGCAAUGACUAAAUAUAUAGCCGAGAAGCUGAAACCUUGUGUGCGCACCGAACAACAGCUCGUCUUCCUCUUUCAUGUGUUUGGUCCAUUUUUGCAGCGCAUCGAUUUGGAGAAACCCAAUACUGUGGCCGGCAUUGCCAUUAUGAUUUAUGAAAUGCUCGAUGUGGUGGACAAGGCGCAGGUUCCCCUCGAGUACUUGGACACGAUUUGCGAUUUUCUUUACCACAUCAAGUAUAUACAUGUCGGCAAUGUCAUCAAAAACGAAUCGGAAGUGAUUAUAAAGCGUUUAAGGCCUGCCUUGCAGUUGCGGCUGCGCUUUAUAACGCGCUUGAAUAUUGAGGAUAUCAACACUGAGAAGAAUCUUCAGAAGGCGAUCGCUCCACAACAGCAACAACAACAACAACAGCAGCAGCAACAACAUCAAGCACCGUUGCAACAACAGCUGGCUGCUGCAGCACAACAGCAAGCACAGCAGCAGCAGCAACAACAACAACAACAACAGCAACAGCAAAUACAUCAACAACAACAACAACAAAAGCCGAAUAUGCCAAGCGCACAGAAUCAACAACAGCAACAACAGGUGCAAAUGCAAACGAAUGUCAAUGUACAGCAGCAACAACAACAGAAUGUGCAACAACAACAGCAGCAACAAAAUGUGCCAAUGGUUGGCGUGGUCGGUAAUGCGCCCGGCAAUCAUUCACAAAUGUCAAAUUACAAUUUAAUGGCUCAACAACAACAACAGCAGCAGCAACAACAACAACAACAGCAUAUGUCGGGAAAUAUGGGUCAACAUCAGCCACAACAAAUGCAAUAUUUUAUGCAAAAUAUGCCGCCCCGUUACUAAAUAUCAUCCCUGUCACAUUACUUAGCAUUUUAUAAGUAAACACUUAAACAUACUUACAUACAUAACAUAACAUAACAUAAGUGCUUGGCUUCACUAUUCAUUAAUUUACAUUAUGUGUGUGUGUGUAUUUGUACUCUAUAUAUUAAUAUAUUAAGAAAUAUAAUAUUAUGAAAUGCUACAACAUUUUUAAACCGAAUCUAGAGCGUAUUAAUGUUCACUAUAAGUCAUAUAUCGCGUAAAAAAAUUUAAAAAAUAUUCGAUGCCAUUAAAGUGAGUCUGAAAGUUAGAACUGUCCCUAUAAAAUCUCUAAAAAACAAGAAAAGUGUAUUUGGUGUAGAAAAUCAUAUACAGUAGAACUCCAAUUAUCCGAAUUAAUGGGGACCGGGACCCAUUCGGAUAAUCAAAUAUUCGGAUAAUCGGAUUUUUUUUUUUUAAAUUGCCAUUGGAGAGAAUAAAAGCUACGUUUUGAUAUUA